GCCUCCCCCGCGUCGUCAUCAACCCGCAGAUUUCCAAUUCCCAGCCAUCAAGGCAGGCAGCGAGGGCCACCACCUCCCUUUCGUCUCCGCACGCGACCGCAGCCUCGACAGCGCUGCGCGUGCACUGCCGAGUGCCGACCCGGGGUUCCAAGAUGAGGAGCGGCAGCGGGGGUGCUUCGCCCUGGAGGCGGAGCGACCCCGGCGGCAGCGGAGAGCUGUCCCGCGUCUCCGUCGCCACCACGGCGUCGUCCGCCUCCGAGCGUUCCGUGAGCGGUGCCGGGCGCGGGGUCUCCUUCCUCGACGCCUUCCGCUCCUGCUUCGUGCCCCCGGAGGCGCGCUCGCCGGAGACCUCCAUGUCCGACGACUUCCACCCCUCCCACCAACUCUCGCACUUGGUGAGCUCACAAGGUUCUAACAGUGGGAGCACUUUCGGGAGCAAGCGAUCAAUUAAAGGAAUGUAUAGUCCCAUGCAUAGGAACUCUUCAGAGAGGGAGAUGCCUGGCAGCACAAAAUUCUCCUUGCCGCAGAUCCAGAAAGCAACCAAGAACUUCUCACCAAACUUGAAGAUUGGCCAGGGUGGUUCUGGGACUGUAUACAAGGGUCAGCUUGCUGAUGGUACCCUCGUCGCUGUCAAACGGGCCAAGAAGAAUGUGUAUGACAAGCAUAUGGGCCGUGAGUUCUGGAACGAGAUUGAGACAUUGCAACGCAUUGAGCACCUGAAUUUGGUCAGGUUUCAUGGGUACCUGGAGUUUGGUGGCGAGCAGUUGAUCAUUGUGGAGUAUGUUCCCAAUGGGAAUCUUCGAGAGCACCUUGACUGUGUCAAUGGUAAAGUAUUGGAAUUCUCACAGAGAUUGGAAAUUGCAAUUGAUGUGGCUCAUGCUAUUACAUAUCUUCAUACCUACUCGGACCAUCCAGUCAUCCACAGGGACAUCAAAUCCUCAAACAUUCUUCUAAUGAACAAUUUUCGAGCCAAGGUUGCUGACUUUGGGUUUGCCAAACUGGCUCCAACUGACGCUAGCCAUGUCUCUACUCAAGUCAAAGGAACAGCAGGCUAUCUUGAUCCAGAAUAUCUCAGAACAUACCAGCUCAAUGAGAAGAGUGAUGUCUACUCCUUUGGGGUUCUGCUGGUGGAGUUGGUUACUGGGAGGCGCCCUAUAGAGCCGAAGAGAUCCAUCAUUGAGCGUGUUACCGCCAAAUGGUCAAUGGAGAAAUUUGUGGAGGGCAAUGCUAUCCAAACACUGGAUUCGAAUCUGGAAGCAAACGACGCUAUCAAUCUGGCAGUCGAGAAGAUGUACGAGCUGGCUCUGCAAUGCUUAGCUCCAACAAAGAGGAACCGACCGAGCAUGAGGAGAUGCGCGGAGAUUCUGUGGAGCAUACGUAAAGAUUACAGGGAGUUGGUUGUACCCACCUCGGCCAUGAACUGAAGCAGCUCACCUGGAGCAAUCAAGCGAACAAAAGAUGCAUUCCAGUUUGCCUCUCUACAAAGAUUUUGGUGGUGGGAAUCACGCAAACGCUUUGCUGCGAGUAGCUGUGAACGGGACUGGUGGGCCUCCCUAGAUGUUGUGUGUCUUCUACUAGUAACUAGGCAACCAGAAAAAAAUCUCUUCUUACAAGUCUUACUAUACAGUAUGAAAAUGUUUCUGAGCAAACAUGUAUGAAUACGAGUAUAUAGUGGUGUGUGUAUCCUGUAGGUUUUCUUAUACAGGUGGAUAUAUGAACC